AUGGUUCUCAAGAAGGUAAGUUCUGCUCACGAGAUGUGGAGUGAUCUAGAGAAUCUAUUUCACACCAACAAAGACACAAAGAUCAUCCAAAUCGACAAUGAAUUAUGCACUAUUACUCAAGGUGAUUAUGAUAUGGCUUCUUAUUGUACUCGAAUCAAAUCCAUUACAAACAUGCUUGAUAAUAUUGAUUCUAGUGUUCCUGAAAAGAACAUUGUUAUUUAUACUAUCAAUGGAUUACAUCCCAAGUUUGAGAAUGUUGCUACAAUCAUUUGUCACGGUGAUCAUCUGCCUUCGUUCCUUAAAGUCCGCUCAAUGCUCAUGGAUCAAGAACAACGCCUCAAAACAAACUGCUACACCACCUAA